CUUAGCGAUGAGAGGAGAGUAAAGUAAUAAAUUUUGUUACAAUAAUUAUGUGUUGCGGGCCAAAGAUAGUUUGUAUGUUGAUGUAUUUAUCUCUUGUUGCUGACCAAGAUCUUCGUCCACCAGUACCUCACAUGCAAGUCGAAGUGUAAAAGUCUAUAAUGAACAUGAUGAGAAUAGGUCAGAAGAUGAAAACGGUUACAAGAAAUUCAGAAAAGCAAAGCCUUUACCAUAGUUUGGAAAUUAAAGGUGAUAUGACAUGGCAAAGCUGGAAACCAAAUGCAGAGUAUGUGAAAUAUAUUGUGCUUAAAAAUGUCCAACAAAAUACGACCAUAAAGAUCACACACAGUGUCCCAAAGACAAAACACUUCUGUACACGGUUUCCUGAGCCGAUCGUUCUGUGCACUGGAGCAAGUUUUACUCUGCCAGUAACCUUCCGACCUGAGCAGAAAGACGUGUAUGAAGAUGCAAUUAACAUCCAAACUUCGAAAGAAACUUUCACGAUACCACUACGGGCCGUUUCACCACAGUGUGAGCUGGUUAUACCUGCUGCAGUUGAUGUUGGAUUCUGUGCUCUAAGUCAGAAAACUACUACCCAAUUUCAGAUGCACAAUUUAAGUUCCAUGCCAGCAGAAUUUAUGUGGGAUGUUAGUCUGCCAUUUAACAUCAAUCCAGCGGAGGGUGUUCUGUUACCACGGUCAUCCCUCUUGGCAGAAACAACUUUCAGACCUGUGCUGGCAGAGGUUUACCAAGGGCAGGCUGUUUGCAAAUAUGGCCUGAAGGGAGAUGAAUACUGGUCUAUGACAUUGCAUGGCACUGGUAAAUUUUCUCACCAUGUGGUAUCUAGUCUAGAGCAAAGAGACACUGCAAUGCAGAACAACAAUGGGGUCAUUGAGGUUGACUUCCAUAACAUACCUAUAGGUGAUCAAGCAGUGAAACGUGUGAAGGUGGAGAAUGCUUCUAAAAUGAAGAAGCCAAUCACACUGAAAAACUGCAUAGGAUCAGACACUGCAUCAAAAAUCUUCAGGAUUGAGCAUAGUGAUUUGGACAGUAUCGUUUCAGUCACCUUUUCACCGGCAACUGUCGGCAUGAAAUAUACAGAAUACUUCGAGCUUCAAGCAAACAACGACACCUCAAAGAUCACCAUCAAAUGUACUGGCGCUGGAAAAGGACCAGAGGUCAAGUUAUCAUCAGAUAGCAUUAAUUUCAUGCAAGUUGAGUGUAAAGCAAGCAAGACAUUAGAGAUCUGCAACUGCUCUGAUGCGCUUGCAUAUUACCAGUUUGACCUUGAUUGCUCAGAGAGUGCGUUUAGUAUAAAUCAGGUGUCUGGCAUUCUGAAACCGAAAUCGUCGAAAACUCUAACUGUUACUUUCAAACCAUCUGAACCUAUAAUCUACUACAGAAGACUUAUCUGCAUCGUUCACAAUCAGGGUCCUCUGUUUGUGGAUGUCAUGGGAACAUACCACAGCGAAAACGUAAAGCCAGCUAUUCUGCAGAAACAUCACCUGCAGCAUUACCAUGCACUUGUACAGAAGGGCUUAUCUGUCUACUCCCCUGAGCAACUUGACAGCAUGUUAAACGAAGGAGAGACGAAUUCGGAGACUAGUACCUUGCCAAUGAUGGCUGGUAAAGCUAGUACUACUGAAGGCAAACAAUACACCUGCCCUACUCUGCUGCCAGCACUGACAUAUGAUGAGCUUUUCCAUGAUGGCUAUUUCUCUGAUCUAAGGCAUAAGGAACCUCAUGUUAGCAUGGAUGUGAGAGAGAUGACGUUUGGAAGAUGCACAGACCUAGCUUGUAUUGAACCAAAGGGCAUGACGGUCACUAAUCAUACAAAGUCCAAAAUCACCUGUAUCUGGAUGGGAAGUCCUGACCAUGCAUUUUCUGUGACUCCAAGGCGUUGUGAUAUUCCUCCUCUGAAAUCCUCAUCAUUUUGGGUCACCUUUAAACCGGAAGUGCAAGGUCAAUUCUAUGGGGCAGUGCUGGAGUGCUAUGCUUUUUACAAGUCUGUAAGCAAUAGCCAGCCGCUGGAAGGAAGUGUAGUAUAUCCACCCUGGUGCCUCACCCUUGGUGUCACAGGACAUACAUUUCUUCAGAGGAGUGAGACGUUCCUUCCCAGAUUUGAGUUGUUGCCCAGACACUUGCACCUCCCACCAGUACCACUAGGUGGUUCAGCAUACUCUACAAUAAUGCUUAAAAACAUGGGAUGCGCACCUAUCCUGUAUGAUAUCAGACAGGACACGCCAGGAAUGUUCCAUGUGAAGCCGUGCACAGGGCUGCUGCGUGAUCAGCAUCAAAUAUUUGUGUUGGAAAUGGAUUCUGCUAGGAAGGGAGCGCAGGAACAGACUCUACAACUUAGGAUGAAUGAUGAUAGUAGAAACACACAAGUGAUCAAACUAAGUGGUUCAGCAGACUUGCCAAAAGUCGAGUUGGAAAAUGAUGGCUUUACGUAUUUUAAGCCAACCUGCAUCCAUACGACAUCAGAACAAAGUUACAGUGUCAGAAAUGUUUGUAAAGUCCCUCUAAGAUAUGAAUGGAGGUUUGAUGAUGCUGAUCCUACGGUGCUGAGCGUUGAACCAAAAUCUGGUAUUAUUGGACCAAAUGAGUGGCAGGCACACACAUGGAGAUUUAGUCCCAAAUCCGAGGCUAAAUUUAUCUUGAAGCCCGUGCUUUUCGUCUGCACAUGCGAAGAUGCGCAAGCUUCACAUUCAAAGGCAGUUGUCAUUAGAGUAGAAGGCGAGGGCAUAAAAGGAUCAUUAAAGGUUGUUCCAGCAUCAAUAGAGUACCCACAGGUUGUCGUUGGCAGGGAAGAGUGCAAACGCUUGGAAGUGGUUAAUGACAGUAGCUGUGAUGUCCAUUGCCAGCUGCACGUCCACAACAAUACAGAUGGUGAUGACUCUGUUGUUAUGCUGGAAACCAGGAGACACACGCUGCCUGCACGCACUAAGCAAACGAUCUACAUGCUAGUGAAACCCUCAGGACACACGAAAUAUGACAUUUCUAUUUCUUACCAGCUCCUCACAACAGCAGGAGAGGAUAGCUUCACAGUUGGGAAGCAACAGGAUCUUUGCCAUGUGCUUGUGUCUGGUGUGUUCCCUACCUUUGCUGUCACAGACGUUGCCCGCCAUGUCAGUGACAAAUGUAUAAACAAGCAACAGUUAUGGAAGCUAUUCAACAUCAACAGAUUCAAUUCUCUCAUGAAGCAGAAUCCAUUAAGAAAUCUAGAUUCAUCCAAAGAGUCUUACAGAUCCUACACACGACCACAGGUUGACUUCAACUUUACAGCAGCACCAGUGGGUGCAGAGCACUGUGUGGUGGAGCUAACAUUCGCAAACUCUGCAGCCGUACCAGCGGAGUGGUGUUUCACAUUUCCUAGUGAAGUUGGAUUGGAGAUCCCAUAUUGGACAUCUUCAUGUAAUCAACAGCAGGCUUCUCCACCUGAUGAGACGGACUUCAGUGUUCACCCAAAACGAGGGCAUUUACCACCAGGUGGCAAGCAAACCGUCACAGUGAGGUACAGUCACAGAGUGGUGGGCACCAACAACCUUCCUGUAUUGUUUGUCAUCAAAGAGGGACAGCAGAUGCUGCUGAAUUUUGUUGGAGUCACGGUGCCCCCUGAGCGACCAUACCUGCACAUCGCGCAAACAAGCCACACGUUCAACCCACAGCCGAUCGGUGAGAGUAGCUACCCGGUGCAGAGCUACGAGCUGUAUAACGGUGGCGGAGUGCCUGUGAAGUUCUCACUGGACCUGCGCGGCUUAGAUGAACUGCAGCAGGAGAACUAUCAGUAUGAGAUAGUUGCAUGCUUGACCCCUAAAGGUGAGAUUCAGCCAGGCUGCAAGGCAGCUGUUAAGUGGAGGUUUGCACCGCUGGAAGCCAAAACCUACUCUGUUGGAGUAGCAAUCCAUGUUGAAGGAGGAGAAACUACAGUUAUCACCUUCUCAGGAACAGGUUAUGUUGAAACGUGCCCAAAUUUGUGUGAUCUCAACCUGUACCCAUUGUAUGAGGAAAACAAUUCCUUGUCCAAGCAGGUUCUGCAGAUGUCAACUGAGAAGUUGCUGUUUGGAGACAUGCCGCUGUUCAGUCAGGAACAUCGUUUGCUCUUUGUCACCAACUCGUCUGUUAACCAUUGCAUGUCAUUUCGGUGGCUCCUGUCUCCAGAGCUGAACAAGUUCAUCGCAAUAUCACCAGCGGAGGCCAUGUUGAAACAGGGUGAGUGCCGGCUAUGCACGGUGACCUUCACUGCAACAGACGUGCCUGCCUUACAUGAUAUUGACAUCGUAUGUGAGGUUCAAGAUGAAACAGCGAUGGCUUUGUACGAGCAGAAACUGGAUGCGUGGGCAGCGACAGUUAGAACAAAAGAGUCUGAAUUCACUAUCACAGAUAACUCAAGUGGCAUAGCAUCGAAGAAAGGAAAAUCACAGUCAGCGAGCAAGCUGAGACCACUAGGCAGGGAGUCCCCGGAAGUAGAAUUCAGUCCAUACAAAGCCCUGCCUCCAAUAGCAAGUAGUGUGCACACAGAGGCAGUGAAAGAGCUGGCUAGACUGACUAUGGAGGAUACGCCAGAGGCUCGAGAGAUGCUUAAAAGCAUACCACAUCCACCGGCUCCUUCUAUUGUUCACCUCGGUGUUACUGCAAGUGUGCACAGCUUGGUCUCCUUCAGAAGACAGUUUCCACAGAAGAUAAGCAGUAGCUUCCUAAAAAAACUGCCAGUAAACGAUGAUUUUGACACGGCCAUGCAGCGUUCAUCCCUGGCCGACCUCAGUAGCACUGAGCAACGACUCCUAGCUGACGUCCUGGACAACAUCAUAUUCAACUUGGUUGAGGAUGCUACCUUUCACGAAGCCCUGACACUCGUUAGCAACGAGAGAGUGCCCUAUUACGUCCAACUUCAAAGUGACAGGUCAGACCACAAGUCUGAUACCGUGCAGAUAAAUUCUUCCAGGACAUGCACAAAGUCUAGCAAAGCCACACAUAUACAGGCGACGAGCGCUGUUGAUGCAGCAGUAGGGCAGGUGGGUACCUGCCCACUGAUCCUCACUGAGGAAGUCAUGCAAAACACCUUGCAGAACAUCAUACAAGAAGCUUUUCACAGCGAGUUUAGCAUCACUGCCCCACCACGAAUACUCGCGAGUGCGCAGCCUACCGUGUCAGGCUAGCGCCAUUUUGUCACCAGUUCUUAUUAGCUAGCUAAUAGAAUGUUUUAAUACAGUAAUAGGUAGACAAACAGAACGUUGUCUUGAAAUGCAUUAAAAUUAAAAAGGAACAUUGCUUUCAUACAGAAUUUUGUUGCGUGAAGAUCUGACACCUAAUUUUCAUAUGAAUUCUUCAGUUUUUCAAUACAGUGACCCAAUUCUGUUGUAAAUGCACAGCCUGGAAUUAUAUUACUCUCUUUUAAACACGGUAUACAAUGUCUCUAUUCUAAUACUAUUCAUUGAAACUUUUUAAAGUUUAAGAAUAACCUUAACCAUUGUUUAAUGUACAAUUAUUAUAUAUGGCAGUUUAUUUAUGUUCAUAGUAUAACAGACAAUAAAUUAUAAACCAUCAAUUAGUUUUCCAUAA